AUUAAGCCAAGUCUUUUUGUGUCCUGAAGUACCCCCCUCAUUUUUCUUCCUCUUUCCCCUGUAUUCCAUCCUUUCUUUUUUCUCAAACUUCUUUUUCCAUCUUCCAAAACACUUUUAUCAUUCAAUAAUGGCUGAUUCUUCAUUUGAGUUUCGUUACAAUUCUUCCAGUUCUAACAUCCAACGCCGCCGUCGCCACCGCCAACGCCAUCCUCACCCUUCACCGAUCAGCUCGCACUAUGGUUCUCGCUCUUUCACACCAUUCAGCUCCGACCACCAUCCGUAUCUCUCCAAUAACCCAACUCCCGGAAGAGUCCGGAACCCAACUCCGGCGACGCCUUUUGCGUCGGAGGACGACAAGUCAUGGCAAAGUGAACUUUCAUGGCAAUUUCAGCCUACCAGGUGGAGUGUGAACUCCAACAACUUGGGUGCUGCUAUGAGUCCGUGGACGGCCGCUCCGUCAUCAGACAGAAGCAGAAGCAACGCAUUUCGACGUUCGGCCAAUGACUACUAUCUUUCUCGGACGACAGGUGGGUUUCGAAGCUAUAACAAUCCUCUCUCUGAGUAUUACUCUGGAUAUGAUGCUUUGCCUGCUGGAGAAGGAGGGAGGAUUGAGCUCCAAAGCUUUGUUGGUAGAGAACAAGAAAAUAAUAUUAAUGAUCAUAAAAAUAAGUCUCCUCCUGGAUUCUUAAAGAACAUGGGAGUUACUAAGGAGGAACGUAUCAGUGGAGGACCUUUGGCUAACAAAGAUGAGCUAAUUAAUAUAAUUGAUUAUGAUAUACCUGAAAAUGACGAAGUUCAUAAUCAUGGUUUUGUUGGUGAUGAUGUAAUUAGUUUGUCAUCGUAUAGUCAUCAUGGUCAUGGGUUGUCACCACAUAUUAGGCAUGUCCAUGAUGGUUACGGAAAGAAUGAUCGUGCAUGGCCAUCAAUUAGUCAACAUUCUGGUAAGAAUGAUGGCAUGGAUCAAGUUUCUUAUUAUGAUGAAGAAGAUGAUGGUGAUGAUGAUGAGGAUGAUGAAGGGCCGGCAGUAAAAUCCAUUGGGUUGUUUAGCUUGUUUAGGUACUCGACCAAGUUGGAUAUAGUGCUUGUGAUUUUGGGUUGUUUGGGGUCAUUGAUAAAUGGAGGAGCUCUUCCUUGGUAUUCUUAUCUUUUUGGGGACUUUGUCAAUAAGCUUGCAAUUGAAUCACCAGCUGAUAAGACCCAGAUGAUGAAGAAAGUUGACAAGACAUGCCUCCUCAUGACUGGAUUAGCAGCGGUAGUGUUGGUUGGAGCAUAUUUAGAGAUUACAUGUUGGAGAUUGGUAGGGGAUAGAUCAGCUCAAAGAAUAAGAACAGAAUAUCUAAGAGCAGUUUUACGACAAGACGUUGGCUUUUUUGACACAGAAACAACAACUGGUGAUAUUAUGCAUGGAAUUUCAAGUGAUGUUGCUCAAAUCCAAGAAGUUAUGGGAGAAAAGAUGGCACACUUCAUUAACAAUAUAUUCACCUUCAUCUGUGGAUAUGCGGUUGGGUUUAUAAGGUCAUGGAAAGUUUCUCUGGUAGUCUUCUCAGUUACCCCGUUGACGAUGUUCUGCGGUAUUGCUUACAAAGCUGUUUAUGUUGGUCUAACUUCAAAAGAAGAGCUUUCUUACAGGAAAGCCGGUGGUGUAGCAGAACAAGCUAUCCGUUCAAUCAGGACCGUGUUUUCAUUUGUCGCCGAGGAUCAUUUUGCAGAGAAAUAUGCUGACUUAUUGAUCAAAUCAGUGCCUUUUGGAGCAAGGCUUGGCUUUGCUAAGGGUGCAGGAAUGGGGGUUAUUUAUUUGGUUACUUAUUCAACAUGGGCAUUGGCUUUCUGGUAUGGUUCUAUCUUGGUUGCAAAGAAAGAGAUCGCUGGAGGUGAUGCAAUUGCUUGUUUUUUUGGUGUCAAUGUAGGGGGGAGAGGCUUGGCAUUAUCACUGUCAUACUUUGCUCAGUUUGCACAAGGAACUGUGGCAGCAAGCCGGGUGUUUGAAAUCAUAGACAGAGUUCCAGAGAUUGACCCAUACAGCCCAGAAGGAAGGACACUAACCAGUGUUCGAGGAAGGAUCGAGUUCAAAAGUGUAACUUUUUCGUACCCUUCCCGUCUUGAAACUCGAAUUCUCAACUCCCUUAAUCUGGUGAUUCCACCCGCAAAGACUCUUGCAUUGGUUGGUGCUAGUGGAGGUGGAAAGUCUACCAUUCUUGCCCUCAUAGAGAGGUUCUAUGACCCUAUCGAAGGUAUAAUCACAUUGGAUGGUCAUGAUUUAAGGACACUGCAGGUUAAGUGGCUUAGAGAUCAGAUAGGCAUGGUUGGUCAAGAGCCUGCUCUCUUUGCCACAACCAUCCUGGAAAAUGUGAUGAUGGGAAAGGAAAAUGCCACCAAGAAAGAGGCAAUUGCUGCCUGCGUUGCCACUGAUGCACACGGCUUCAUCUCUAGGCUUCCACAAGGAUAUGAAACUCAGGUUGGAGACAGAGGAACCCAACUCUCAGGUGGUCAGAAGCAACGAAUUGCUUUGGCUCGAGCCAUGAUUAAAGACCCUAGAAUCCUUAUCUUGGAUGAACCCACCAGCGCUCUGGACACUGAGUCUGAGUCUAUAGUUCAAAAGGCCAUUGACAAGAUUUCAUCUGGAAGAACAGCAAUUGUUAUUGCUCACAGGCUAGCCACUGUGAGAAAUUCUCACGCCAUCGCUGUUCUUGAUCGUGGAUCUCUCAUUGAGAUUGGUAAUCACCGUCAGCUCAUGGAAAAAGCUGGAACUUACUAUAGCCUUAUCAAGCUUGCUUCUGAUGGAGUUUCAAAAACUUCAUCCCAACAGAAUGAUACUCAGAAGCUUACCCAGUACACGUCUGUGUCUGAAAAAUCAGCAUAUGAUGUAUCAAGAUUGCAGUAUGCAGAUGGUGUAUCAAAAUCAAUGUACUUAAAAUCAAUGCAAGCAGAGGAUAAUCCAAAACUUAGAAAGUUUCAACUUUCAGAGAUAUGGAAGUUGCAAAGACCACAGCUGCUAAUGCUUUUAAUAGGAUUCAUAUUGGGUAUGCUUGCAGGGGCAGUUCUAUCUGUUUUCCCCUUAAUUCUAGGCAAAGCACUCGAUGUCUACUUUGGUGAUGUCUCGAAUAUUAGACGAGAAGUUGGGCACCUUUGUUUGGCACUUGUUGGGCUUGGCAUUGGGUGUAUACUCUUCAUGACAGGACAGCAAGGUUUGUGUGGCUGGGCUGGAACAAAGCUUACAGUGAAGGUGAGAAACCUCUUAUUUCUAUCCAUUCUAAAACAGGAACCUGGUUGGUUUGAUUUCGAAGAGAACUCCACUGGAGUACUAGUUUCAAGGCUUUCCAUUGACUGCAUUAGCUUUCGUUCUGUGCUCGGUGAUAGAUUCUCAGUCCUAUUAAUGGGUCUGAGUUCAGCUUUUGUUGGUCUUGGUGUGUGUUUCUUCCUUGAAUGGAGGCUAACACUUUUGGCUGCUGCUGUCACUCCUUUCACCCUUGGUGCAAGCUACUUGAACUUGAUCAUAAACGUUGGACCAAGACUUGACAAUGAUUCUUAUGACAAAGCAAGCAAUAUUGCUUCUGGUGCAGUUUCUAACAUUAGGACAGUUACUACCUUUUCAGCCCAAGAACAGGUUGUUAAGUCCUUCGAUCAAGCUUUAUCAGAACCAAAGAGAAAAUCAGUGAGAAGAUCACAGAUUUUAGGCCUAACACUAGGGUUGUCUCAAGGGGCCAUGUAUGCAGCAUAUACCUUGAUUCUUUGGUUUGGUGCAUACCUAGUGAAAUUAGACAAAACAGGAUUUGGUGAUGUGUACAAAAUUUUUCUCAUUCUUGUUCUGAGCUCAUUUUCUGUAGGACAGUUAGCUGGUCUUGCACCAGACACUUCCAUGGCAUCCACUGCAAUUCCAUCAGUUUUUGAUAUCAUUAACCGCAGGCCUUUGAUUGGUAAUGAUCGAGGAAAAGGUAGGAAGAUCGAACAGAGGAAACCAUGGGAUGUUGAGUUCAAAAAGGUUACAUUUUCAUAUCCUUCAAGGCCUGCAGUCAUAGUCUUAAGGGACUUUAGCUUGAAGGUCAAAGCAGGUAGCAUGGUGGCAUUGGUUGGAUCAAGCGGGUCAGGAAAAUCAACUGUGAUAUGGUUGAUACAAAGGUUUUAUGAUCCAAACCAAGGGAAGGUGAUGAUUGGAGGGGUGGAUUUGAGGGAGAUUGAUGUAAAAUGGUUGAGGAGGCAAAUAGCUUUGGUGGGUCAAGAGCCUGCACUGUUUGCUGGUAGUAUAAGAGACAAUAUUGCAUUUGGUAACCCAAAUGCUUCAUGGGCUGAGAUUGAAGAAGCUGCAAGAGAAGCUUAUAUUAACAAGUUCAUUGGUGGCCUACCUCAAGGCUAUGAAACUCAGGUUGGAGAGAGUGGGGUCCAGCUGUCUGGUGGUCAAAAACAAAGGCUUGCAAUAGCAAGGGCAAUACUAAAGAAAUCAAGAGUAUUACUUCUAGAUGAAGCAAGCAGUGCAUUGGACUUGGAAUCAGAGAGACAUGUACAAGUGGCAAUAAGGAAGCUUUCCAAAAAGGCUACGACAAUAGUUAUAGCUCAUCGGCUUUCUACAAUCAGAGAGGCUGAUAUGAUCGCGGUCAUGAAAGAAGGUUCAAUCACAGAGUAUGGGACCCAUGAUUCACUUUUGGCUUCCAAUCUUAAUGGUGUAUAUGCCUCCUUGGUUCGUGCUGAAACUGAAUUCAACGCAUUUUCUUAGAUUCACUCAUCAUCUCAACCAUGGAUUGGGAUUUCUGAUCAUUACAGAGGUUUCUUACAAACAAAGUUCGGCCUCCCCAAAUAAUUUUGAUCCCAUGGGUAAUCUUAAUUUGCAAUUCAUUACAUAGAAAUAUAACAGUCUAAAAGCCCUAUGGUACAACUUUUUGUUUUUCCUCA